AUGCCUCGAGCCUACCCGGGGCGGUACGCGGCAGCAGUGGUGGAGGGGUCGACGUCCAGCUGGCCGUGGCAGAGAUGGCGUGACGUGGCUGGAAUCCAAGCGCCCCAAAUUCCCCACCAGCAUGCCCUUGACCCGCCCUUCGAUCCCGCUCACCCCCUCGCGCGUCUCCCCACCAUCCGCUCCACAUUCCUCUCUCCUUUCUUCCUCCACGCCUCCUCCUCCUCCUCCUCCCCGUACCCACCCCGCACCACCGGCGCCAUCUCUCCAUCGCUCCCUCCGCAAAUCACGGCAUGGGGCCCGGAGUGGGGGGCGGCCGCGGGGGCAGCGGCGGCGGGGGUGUCGUCAGAGGCGGCGCUGGUGCUCGUGUCCCUCGCGCUGCUGCUCUCCCUCUGGAACAGACAACUGCGCCGCUCCACCUCAGGGUCGUGCCAGCAGUAUAGUCUGGACGAGGUGUCGCGAGCAACGGACUACUUUGCGGAGGAGAACAAGAUCGGCACGGGCGGGUUCGCACACGUGUACCGCGGCACCUCGCCCUUCAACCCCGACUCGCUCUGGGCCGUCAAGCGCUGCACCGUGCCCACUGAACACUUCGGCAGAGUGGUGCGGGAGAUGUCGAACAAGGUCCACCCGAACCUGGUGCGGCUGAUAGGGUGCUGCAACGACUUCAACGAGGGCGAGGGGAGGCACGAGCAGAUCGUCAUCUGCGACCUCAUGCCAGGCGGCAGCAUCCACGGCCGCUUCAGCCGAGAUUCGCGUGACCCUCUGACUCUGCAGCAGCGGCUGGACAUUCUGAUAGGGGUGGCGCGCGGGUUGGAGUAUCUGCACAGCUUAGGCAUCGUGCACCGCGACAUCAAGCCCGCCAACAUCCUGCUCGAUGCCAACAUGCAGGCGAAGAUAUCAGCGUUUGGAGCGGUGCGCAUGGGGUAUGACGAGCACAUGGUGCAGUCCAUGGGCACGCAUGGGUACAUCGACCACGCUUCCCGUGCCAACAGGAACGCUCGCCCCAGUGCCGACGUGUACAGUUUCGGAGUGGUGAUGCUGGAGAUGCUGACAGGGCGCAAGGCAGUGGAGUGGGACGGCAACGCAGACAGCAACUUCAAGGGAUGGGUGGUGCAGUGUUUAUACGACCGCAACGUGGCGCUGAUCGGCGAUCCGCAUCUCAAGGCGCCGGACAGCGUGGUGGUGCGCAUGGCAGACCUCGCUCUGCCCUGCCUCGCCAUGCCCCCCGACAGCCGCCCCUCCAUGGCACGCGUCAUCCAUGACUUGGAAGCUGUGAAGCUCUUCAUUGCCUCGCAGUGGCCUGAUCUUGUCCACUGCUCGCCUGAUGCUGCCCGCGCCGGGGAUGGGGCCAGUGGGGAGCUGAGCUCCGGGGAAGCCGUGUCAGGUCCAACGACAACCUCCACCAUUGCAAGAACAAACUCAAAUGUGGCAGCAGCGGAGCGGAGGGGCCCGCUGCUGUGCCAGCAGGUGAGUGUGGCGGAGGUGAUCAACGAGAUGGCAUCGAAGCACCACCCGAACCUGGUGCGGCUGCUGGGGUUCUGCAUUGACGGGGACACAGCAUCGGAGAACAUGGAGCAGAUCGCCAUCUAUGAGUUCAUGCCCAAUGGGGACCUUGAGAAGCGCCUGCACCCAGGGUGGUGUUGUCUACCCCCCUCCUUCUUCUCAUACCUCUCCCGCUUUCCCCCCCAACCCACCCCCACACCCACACCUCCUCCUGCCAUGGCACGUGCCACACGUGGGUGCAGUUUCGGCAUAGUGAUGCUGGAGCUGCUGACAGGCCACAGGGUGGUGUUCAUCCUGGACGGGGGCGCCCCCAUGAACAUCAAGGAGUGGGUGGAGCAGCGCAUAGCAACGGGGGACAUCAGCGCCAUAGGCGACCCCUUCAUGCGCGCCCCCGACUCCCUCGUGCUCCGCACGGCACGUCUCGCUCUGCGCUGCACGGCUGCGCUCACCGCGGCGCGGCCCACCAUGGGCGAAGCGGCGACGGAGCUGGAGACUCUGAAGAAGGAGUUUUUUGGGCUGGAGAGUGGGCGCAUGGCGCAAAGGGUGGACGAGCAGAUGCAGUCGCUAAGGUUGACGCACCGGGACCUGAGGGAGGAGCUGCAGAUGAUCGCGGGGAUUGAGUCGAGUGCCAGCUCCGCCACUGGGAGAAGGCUGUCGGGCGGGACAUCAGCCGCGUCAGCUCCCUCGCUGAGAGGCGGAGGAGGAGGCGGAGGGGGAGGGGGAGGGGGAGUGGGAGGCGCGCUAGCCAUGCCCUUGCUCGUGGGCAUGGGCACGGGUGGCGGUGGUGCGAUGGAGGGUGCCUCGGGAGCGUACUGGGCGACGGAGGGGAGCAGCAGCAUGGGCGCCGGUGGUGCGUCGUCGGGUGCGUUCCUUGCAGUGCAAGGCAUGGGGGGCAGCAGCAGCCCCAUGGGCGGUCAGCAGCAGGGGGGGAUUUCCAGCAGCACGGGAGGGUAUCCCUCCGCCCGGCUCUAUCCCCCCCUCCUCUGA